CUGCGUUCUGUAGACGACACUGAUCACUGCAUUACUUCACAUCACAACUCAUCAGCAGGGACGCUUGAUGAUACACGGGAUUGGAUCUAGCCUACUUUACGUACCGUUUUAUUUUGUUAGGCUAUUUUUUUUUCUCUUUUCUUUCAACAUCUCAAAAGAAACCAGUUUUAUCUUGAAUAUUUAACUAUGAAUUAGGAUAAAAACAUGUGUCUUAAUAUAUGGCAUUAUGGCAGAGCAAAUGUUUCCUGCAAUUAAUUUAGAUAGAUCUGUGUCUAUAUCGCGAAGGACAGUGAUAAUCUAUCAGAAAAUAUGGAGACAUUUACAAUUCACGAUAUGCUCAUCAAUUCCACUGAUAUUUAUAAAAUUUUAUGUGGACUGGGAAUCGAGAAUUUGUCGGAGUGUAAAAAUGAUAAUAACAGCACGUCCGAGCCAAAAGACAUGAAGCAGUCGGUGCGGAUCGCUCUGUAUGUGCUCAUCUUCCUCCUGAGCUUCAUUGGGAACAGCCUCAUCAUCACCGUCCUGCUGCGGAACCGGCGCAUGCGGACGGUAACGAACCUGUUCCUGCUGUCUCUGGCCGUCAGUGAUCUGAUGCUGAGUGUCUUCUGCAUGCCCUUCACACUCAUCCCAAACCUCAUGAAGGACUUCAUCUUCGGCGCCGGCAUGUGUAAAGUGGCCACGUACUUCAUGGGUAUUUCGGUGAGCGUGUCCACAUUCAACCUCGUGGCCAUCUCUCUGGAGCGCUACAGUGCCAUUUGCAACCCCCUUAAGUCCCGCACAUGGCAGACGAAAUCCCACGCUACAAAAGUCAUCACAGCCACUUGGGUCGUGUCUUUUCUGCUCAUGCUGCCUUAUCCGAUAGGCAACACUCUGGUGCCUUUCAUGCGCAGUAACAACAGCACAGGCCAUAUGUGCCGCUUGGUUUGGCCCAGUGAUGUCAUGCAGACCUGGUAUGUUUUCCUGUUGCUGACACUCUUUCUCGUGCCUGGCAUCAUAAUGGUGACGGCUUAUGGCCUCACCUCACUCGAACUCUACAGGGGAAUCAAAUUUGAAAUGGCUAACAGGAAAUCAAACAGAGAGAAAGAAUACGGCACUUCCAGUCUGAAAAAUGGUGAUGGCUGCUACCUCCAACCCUCCAAGAGAAAGCGUCCCGAACCCAUGACGCCCGGCUUCAGCAAUCCAAAAUGCAAACUGCGAAGGGUUUGCAGCAACAGCCCCACAGCAAACCUCAUGGCCAAGAAACGGGUCAUUCGCAUGCUGCUGGUGAUCGUGGGGCUGUUCUUCCUCUGCUGGACGCCCAUCUUCGUUGUUAAUGCCUGGAGGGCUUUUGACAGACGUUCAGCCGAUCGUGUCCUCUCAGGAGCGCCGAUCUCUUUCAUCCACUUGCUUUCCUACACCUCGGCCUGCGUCAACCCCAUAGUCUAUUGUUUCAUGAACAACCGCUUCAGACAGGGUGUGCUGGCGACGUUCAGCUGUCGUAAGACUGAUUUCGAGGAAGUUAGCAGGAGCAGCACCCGACGUAGCGCCAGAGGAGCUGGAGGGCAGAGAACGCUGUGUGGAGGAACCGAUGUGACCAGACAGGCUGACGGUAACACACAAAGCUCAGGAACACGUUCCAGGCUAACUGACACCAGUAUCCGUGGCUCAGCACAAGCAUAACUGACACUCGUUAAACCCAGACAUUUUCAGUAUAUGAGCCCAACAAGAAGUUUAUCUUGAGUUAAAUGUAAAGGAAAAUAUGAGAUCAGUGUCAAAAUCAGUCAAAGCUGCUAACGGGAGAGAGUCUUGUUGUACUGAUGAUAAAAGAGAGCACAAGCAUGCAGACAGUGGCUGAUAAUAUCACUGAAACGCUGAUAGUAUCCAAUGCUUAAAUUUAGCAUGUCACUGUUAAAUAAACAGCAGCACCAAACAGAGCAAGACUGUGGCCUUCAGUCCUCAUUACAGUACAGACUAAGACAAAGUCAUAAAGAAGUUUUGUCUCUCUAAUUUUCUGGCUCACCUACGUAUAAUGUAAAAAAUUAUAUGACUUAUAUAACUUGUGUUUUUACAUUACUUUAACUCAUCAAAGUAAGUUAAGCGAUUUUCAACUUUAUUUUAUAACUCAUUCUUUAAGCCAAUUUAAUUGAAGUUAAAAUUAUUUUAACAGCUGAGUUGCUUGCUCUUAAAAAGUUAAUGCAAUUCAUUUGAUUUCCUUGCCUUUGACUUGAUUUGUGUGUGUGUGUGUGUGUGUGUGUGUGUGUGUGUGUGUGUGUGUGUGUUACUGUCAAAGUAAUCGUCCAGAUGUUUUGAGAACAUUCUAAUAUUGCUCCUAACUACACUACCAUUCAAAAGAUUGGUUGAGGUUGAGAUGUUUUUAAAAUAACUCUCUUCUGCUCACCAAGGCUGUAUUUAUUGAAUCAAAAAUAUUGUGAAAUAUUAUUAACAUUCAAAAAUGUAUUUUAUAAAUAAAUUCCAGUGAUGGCAGUGCUUCAUUACGCCAGUCUUCAGUGUCACACGAUCAAGAAAUCUGCAAUACUAUAUGCUAAAUUGUUGCCCAAGAAAAAUGUAUUAUUAUUUAUUUAAAUGUAUUAUUAUUGUUUAAAACAGAUCUGCUGUUUAAUGUAGUUUUAUAUAUAUAUAUAUAACUUGACUGUCACAACUGUUUGAAUGGUAGUGUAAAUAUCUGACAUCAGUUAGGAGAAUAUGCUGACCCACUGUAUAUUUUAUAUUUUGUUCCAAUCUGCUUCUUUAAUAACUACACCGAUAUAAUUCUGUUUGAUAAAUGUAUGACACAUACACUUAAAACCUCUUUGGAUUCUUUGCCAAUACCUCAAAAACAUGUAAAAAUGUGUAAACGGUGUGCAAAAAGUACCAGCUGGUCCCUGCGUGAUGUUUAUAUGUUGAUGUGUAGCUUUAACUGCUUUCUUCUAGAAAAGUACACAGUGAUGUCUUUAUCUCAUGUUAAUCCAGCCGUACUGUUUGCACAUAGUCUGUCUUUCUCAUCACAUGAGACUUUUCACACCUGUUGUGCACUUCAAAGAACCUACUCAAGGCUGCUUCUGACAUCUGGGCUAUUUUCACCAGGACACUUUGUCAUUGACUAUUAUAUUUGUUUGUGCCAAAGUCACGUUUUUAUUUCCCUAUUAUUUCUCCUAAGAUAAUGUGGUGUUACAAUGCUGUUGAGAUGUUGCACACGUACGCCAGUCCACAUAUCAUCUAAUACAUUAAUAUUUUAGGAGUGUUUUGUAUGAAAAGCAACCUGGGGGCCGAACCAAA